CCCUGCUCCCGUGCGCGCGCCCGCCCCCCCCCCGACUGCUCCAACAUCACCUGGACCUUCUUCCGGAGCGGGCGCGUGCGCCACACGGAGGAGGUGCGCGGGGGGCGCGUGCGCGCGGGCUCGGACAAGGCCGAGCGGAUGACGGUGGCGCGCAACUGCUCCGUGGUGCUGCGCGCGCUGCGCGUGGACGACGCGGGCUCGUACGUGUGCGUGGAGGGCCAGCGGCCGCGCGCGGACGUGUACGUGUCCGUGCUGGCCGUGGGCUCGCGCUCCCCGGUGAGCCAGCUGCGCGCGGGCGGGAGGCUCGCGCUCAGCUGCGUGCUGCACACCUACUACGACGCGGGAAGCUGCAAGCCCUACUCCAGCAGCGCGUUCGGCCUGCAGUGGCGCGAGGACGGGCACGCGCUCCCGGCGCGCGGCACCAGGCACCAGCUGGUGGAGAAUGGCCGCUGUAACAUCACCCUGGUGGCCACGCUCCAGCCGGAGGACGACAACCGGAGGUGGACCUGCCUGGUCAACACCAGCGAGCACAGCCAGGCCGCCGCCGUGGACAUCAGGUCCUCCUUCCUGAUCCAGAGGAGGCCCCCGGCCGCCCCCCCGACCCCCCCCGCCGGCCCCUGCCCGGCCCGGCCCCCCAUUAGCCGCAUCGUGCUGGUGGUGGCUCUGCCCCUCAUGGUGGUCUUCGUGUGGCUCUUCUCCUGGAGGGCCGACCACAAGAGGGACAAGACCCCGGCGGUCUCUCUCCGGCUGCAGGAGGUCCACCGAUUGUAG